UUUAAAACUUUACAUUCUGAAGUUAACGAUAUAAAACAAAUGGCAUCCAACAAAUUAACUAAAGAAAAAUUAACCGAAGAAUACAAAAGGGUGAGACAGCGUUGCAUCGACACAUGUAAUACUAUUGUUAAUUUGAACUUAGACACCGCUAAAAACCAGGAUAAUAAAUCAAACAAAACUAUAUUGUAUGCUGAAGGUCUCCAAACGGAAAUAGAGAACUCAAACACAACUAUUGUUUCUGAUAAGAACUGUCUUACUAGUCUAUAUUUAUCCGAGAUGAGAAAAAAAACUAACCAUCUGGAUGAGUUAAUUGCUUUAACUAAAGGCUCUAUCAGUGACACCGCCCAUGAAGUGGAAAGGUUAAAAACAUUAAUAAUGCCUGCAAAGGCAGCUCUAUCAAAACCACAAGAAGUAUACAAAAAUGUAACAUCUGAGAAUAUUAUGAAAACAAAAGAAACAUUUCGUGAAAUGAAGAAUGAAUUAAUGAGUCUUAUACGAUCACUCUUUCCUGAUUUGUGUGAAAAGAUAGUAGUUACAUUAGGCCAACUCAUGGAAGAAAGAUUGAAUGAAGAAUCAAGUGGAUACAUUGAAAUCACAGAUGAAAACUAUGUGGUUAUUGAAAUUUUAAAAGAUAUCUCUAUUGUUACUAAAAAUCCCUAUAAUACAAAUCAAGUAAAAUUAGCUUACCAAUGAUAUAAACGUUAGCAUAAAUUGUAAAAAUAAUUGUAUAAAGUAUAAUAUUAUGUAAUUUGUUUAUUAAAAAUAUAUUUAAAGUUA